AUGCGGGGCUGCGGGUGGCUCGCGCUGCUAGGCGCGCUGCCCUGGCUCCUGCGGGCCGCGGCUCCCCGGCGCCCUGCGCCGUCCCCAUCCCGGCCCGCUGCGCCCCGCCGCGACCCAGCCCGGGGCGCCGACUUCGACCGCGUCUACAGCGGCGUGGUGAGCCUCAGCACCGAGAACGUCUACUCCUUCAACUACACCAGCCAGCCCGGCCAGGUGACGGCCGUGCGCGUGCACGUGAACAGCUCCUCCGAGAACCUCGACUACCCAGUCCUCGUUGUGGUUCGCCAGCAGAAAGAGGUGCUAUCCUGGCAGGUUCCUCUGCUCUUCCAAGGACUAUACCAGAGGCGCUACAACUACCAGCAAGUCAGUCGCACCUUGUGUCCCUCAAAAGCCACCAACGAAACAGGACCUUUGGAGCAGCUGAUCUUCGUGGAUGUGGCAUCCAUGGCUCCGCUUGGUGCCCACUACAAACUGCUGGUCACCAAGAUCAAACAUUUCCAGCUCUGGACAAACGUGGCCUUUUACUUCACUGCCAGCCCCUCUCAACCUCAGUAUUUUCUAUACAAAUUUCCCAAAGAUGUGGACUCAGUGAUCAUUAAAGUGGUGUCUGAAAAAGCUUAUCCGUGUUCUGUCGUGUCCGUCCAAAACAUCAUGUGCCCGGUGUAUGACCUGGACCACAAUGUGGAAUUCAAUGGUGUCUAUCAGUCCAUGACCAAGAAAGCUGCCAUCACACUACAGAAGAAGGACUUCCCAGAAGAGCAGUUCUUCGUGGUGUUCGUGAUAAAGCCUGAAGACUAUGCCUGUGGAGGGUCAUUCGUCAUCCGGGAAAAUGAGAACCAGACCUGGAAUCUACAAAGAACAAAGAACCUUAAAGUGACCAUUGUCCCUUCCAUUGAAGAAUCCGUUUACGUGAAAUCCAGCCUUUUCAGUGUCUUCAUUUUCUUGUCCUUCUACCUGGGCUGCCUGCUUGUCAUGUUUGUUCAGUACGUGAGGUUUCAGAGAAAAUCCAUCGAUGGGAGCUUUGGUUCCAGUGACGGCUCUGGGAAUGCGGCCGUGUCACACCCCAUUGCUGCCACCACACCUGAGGGGAGCAAUUAUGGUGCAAUAGAUGAGUCCAGCUCCAGUCCUGCAAGGCAGGAGUCCUCCUCUAACGGUGGACAGCCAUGUCACUCAGACACAGACAGCUCUGUGGAAGAGAGUGACUUUGACACCAUGCCAGACAUUGAGAGUGACAAAAACAUUGUCCGGACUAAGAUGUUCCUGUACCUGUCAGAUCUGUCCAGGAAGGACCGGAGGAUUGUCAGCAAAAAAUACAAGAUUUAUUUCUGGAACAUCGUCACCAUCGCCGUGUUCUACGCGUUGCCUGUGGUCCAGCUCGUCAUCACCUACCAGACGGUGGUCAAUGUCACUGGGAACCAGGACAUCUGUUACUACAACUUCCUCUGCGCUCACCCCUUGGGCGUCCUGAGUGCCUUCAACAACAUCCUCAGCAACGUGGGCCACGUGCUCCUGGGCUUCCUCUUCCUGCUGAUAGUCUUGCGCCGGGACCUUCUCCAUCGAAGAUCCCUGGAAGCCAAGGACAUCUUUGCGAUGGAGUACGGGAUUCCCAAGCACGUCGGCCUCUUCUAUGCCAUGGGCAUCGCACUGAUGAUGGAAGGUGUGCUCAGUGCCUGUUACCACGUGUGCCCCAACUACUCCAAUUUCCAGUUUGACACCUCCUUCAUGUACGUGAUCGCGGGCCUUUGCAUGUUGAAGCUGUACCAGACACGCCACCCGGACAUCAAUGCCAGCGCCUACUCAGCCUAUGCCUCCUUCGCCGUGGUCACCAUGCUCACCGUCCUAGGAGUGGUGUUUGGAAAGAAUGACGUGUGGUUUUGGAUCAUCUUCUCUGUCAUCCAUAUCCUCGCCUCCCUGGCCCUCAGCACCCAGAUCUACUACAUGGGCCGCUUCAAGAUAGAUGUGUCUGACACAGAUCUGGGCCUUUUCCGGCGGGCUGCCAUGGUGGUCUACACGGAUUGCAUCCAGCAGUGCAGCCGGCCCCUGUACAUGGAUAGAAUGGUGUUGCUCAUUGUGGGAAACCUGGUUAACUGGUCCUUCGCGCUCUUUGGGUUGAUCUACCGGCCCCGGGACUUUGCGUCCUACGUGCUCGGCAUCUUCAUCUGCAACCUGCUGCUCUACCUGGCUUUCUACAUCAUCAUGAAGCUUCGCAGCGCCGAGAAGGUGCUCCUGGCGCCGCUCCUGUGCAUCGUGGCCACCGUGGUGCUGUGGGCUGCGGCCCUCUAUUUUUUCUUUCAGAACCUCAGUAGCUGGGAGGGAAGCCCAGCCGAGUCCCGGGAGAAGAACCGCGAGUGCGUCCUGCUGGACUUCUUUGAUGACCACGACAUUUGGCACUUCCUCUCGGCCACAGCCUUGUUCUUCUCCUUCUUGGUUUUGUUAACUCUGGACGAUGACCUGGAUGUGGUUCGCAGAGACCAGAUCCCUGUCUUCUAAGCCUCCAGCAUGAGCAGGGGAGAAGGACAGAGCCAUCUUGGUGCUGGUUUGUGAGAAAUGUGUUACCUACAACAAUAUACCCACUGCCAGACACGGCCGCUUGCCUCUGCAGAGUCAGCUCUGCUUUCACACAGCAAAGAGAGGAGCUGUUGGGGGGGGCGUGCUCUGAACCUCAAGAAGAAAGAAAGGCAGAGGGGAAGUCUGGAUGUGGACAGAGGCAAACCCUUGAGGAGCUGCGAGCACCCAGCCUCUGUUUGCAACUUUCAAUUAGAUCUGGACAGAAGCCAUAAUGGGGCAGUUCACACCGGGGACCCCUCCUAUCCUCACCUGAGAUGUGGCCCAGAAACCAGCCACUUGUAGUUCCCACCUAGAAUCUGCGGUCUUCACACCAAGGACACACCCGCUGUGCUGGAGAUCCAAAGCUCUAUGUCAUCUUUCCCAGUCAAGAUUCCCCAGAAUAUGGGGCGGAAGUGGCCCAAAGCCCCACUCUACCGACACAGAGGACCCAGAGUCACCGGCUUGGUCAAAAGGAGCACCCCGUGGUCCCCAGGGUCCCUGGCACACCUUUGGAAGGACUCGGGGGCUGGGCUCUGUCACCCUCCUCUGAACUGCUAACCAUCACUGGGCCCAAGGCCCGGGUGCUCACUUAUUAGUGUCUUCACCUCAACACGGGGAGAUGACCCCCUUGUCACUCUGAUAGACCUUUUUGGAAAGGCCCUGUUACUCCGUAGAGCUCAGCUCCAAGGUGGAAGGGGAAAUGGAGGGGAAAAAUAGCAACAGGAGAAACAAGAGAAGCGACUGACUGUGCUGGAAGACUCACCGUUGGAUGCGGGCUCCCGCAGGAAUGCAGCAAAGGAAGAAUGCGGCUCGGCCUCCAGCACCCAGCUCAGCUCUGGGCCCCCAAGGGGGAACAAGUGUUCUAACCAGCAGCACCGACCCGGGGGCCCCCUACAACUGAGCCCUGCAUCUGUGACUAAUGGAGAUCAGGGUCCUGGACUUUCUGCCCUAAGUUCUUAGUUUGUCAUUGGUCUUGUUCUUUAUUCCUUUAAAAAAAAAAAAACAACUAUUGACUUCCUUAGGCCAAAGAAAGGCCAUGAUUGAAUGAUGGUGUUCAUCGAACAUGGCAAAACAUUUUCAAACAGAUUCAACUAGGGUUGACUUGACAUGAAACCUUCAGGCCCUCUGGGUUUCUAAUCCAAGACAGAGCCAACAGGGAAGCCCAUCCAAGUAGCCCUGUGGCCUAGCACAAAUAAAUUUAAAGAUACAUUAUAAAAAAUAAAAUAAAAGAAGAUACAUUAUCUGUAAGGUUGUUUUGAAAAAAAUAAUAAAGUCAAUGAAAAUGGCAAA